AUGGCAGAUGGUGUUCGAAGAUCCAAGGAUCUAAAUUCUCCUGGUCAACUACUAGCAACACGGUGUCAUGAACGUGCAGCACGGUACACGAAUAAUGAAAGACAUGAGCCAGCACCAACUGCUCAAUCAAAGUUUAAGAAAUGGUGGGCAUACUUUUGUUUGUGCGGAUGGGUUAAGCAUUUUAUGCGUCGGGGUCGAUCCAACUGGGUCCUCGAGACACGUGGCACAUUGAUGUUGGCAGCCACUGUAAUUGCAACCGUUACAUUCCAAAUUGGGAUCAACCCUCCAGGUGGUGUUUGGCAACAAGAUUGUGAAGGUCAUACAAAAUUUCAGAAUUGUACGGGCAAGGCAAUUUUCUCUGAUAUCAACCCAAAUGAAUACGAAUUAUUUUUGUCUUUCAACACCACCUCUCUUGUUGCAACUCUGAGCGUCGUACUUCUGGUCACCAUGCUUAUUGCAGUCACGUUCUUGCUAUCUACCUAUUUUUUGGCUAUGGAUUUGGUGACCUCGGAUACUGUUAAAGAAAAACCCAUGAUCACCUGGAUUCUCUUUACAUUAUCAGGAAUUUAG